AUGUCUAUAGACCAUGUUGAGGAGAGGAAGAAUGGCAUCAUCAACUCCUCUGCUGGGCUGAUAGGCAAACUGAAACGGGUCGAGGAACUUCUGGAAGUAAACUCAGAGAUCGUCCAUGUUCCGUCCGUGCUCCAUGGUGUCAUAGGGAAGUCCCUCCUCCUCUCCGUGGAGACUUACUUCCGAUUGGAGGACGUUGAGAUCCAGGGCAGCUGGUACCAGACCCGGCCGGGGGGCCCCAAAACCCUCCUGGUGACAUUCCACAACCACACAGCCAUCAUGGUGGCCUCGAUGAGACACAGGAACCGCUACGGCUUCCAGCCCCCCAACGCCUCUCUCCUGAUCCCCAGGCUGGACGAGGCGGCGGAGGGGGACUAUCACCUGGACCUGGACAUUCAGCUCCCCCAGAGACAGGAGCUCGUCAGGGCCGAGAGGACUGUCCACGUCACCGUAGAUGUACCUGUGUCCACCCCAGUUAUCCAGAAGGCACCAUCUUCUACAGUUGUUGAGGACAAGGAGAACGUGACGUGGACCUGUAGGGUGGAGAACGGAACCAGGGUCCAGUACCAGUGGCUGAGGAACAACAUGCCCCUAGAUGUUAGUGAUCGCCAUCAGUUCUCCCAGGACAACUCUACUCUGGUGAUAAGCCCUGUGAAGAAGAAGGACAUUGGACAGUAUCGCUGCCUGGCCAGGAACCACAUCAGCCAGAGACAGAGCCACACCCUGGACCUCAGUGUCUUCUAUGGCCCCUACAACCUGGCUGUGAAGUCUGACCAUGGUCUGCGGACUGGGGAGGUCUUCACAGUGAACCCUGGUGAGCUGGUGUUCUUCGACUGUCAGGCCGACUCCAACCCUCCCAACAGCUGUAUGUGGAUCUCCAAGACCAACAACGCCACUGAGGUCAUCACUGUGGGACUGCGCCUGGAGGUCACCUCCUACAAGCUAGCCCAGGCUGAGGAGUUCCUGUGUAGGGCCUUUAACAACGUGACCCAGAAGCAGGACGAGACCCAGUUCACCCUGGUGGUGGCCAGCCUGGGGACAGGUGGGUAA